AUGAAAAAGCAAGUAAAGUAUAAAUGAGAAUUAAUGAUUUGAAAAUGAUUCGGUGAGCAGAAUCUUGGUUUUCAAUCACAAUCAUCAUAUUCUAUAAUUCCCCAACCAACAACAGAACCCCAAUUUGGUAGGGAGGGGAGGGGGGGUUUAUCUCAUAUCAUCUCCCAUUUAAUUUAGGGUUUAUUUAUGCAACCAAUUCAUCAUGCAGAAACAGGGAGCCUCAAUCACUGAACAACACCUUUCCCUUACCUUGCAAAGGUACUCGCCCACGACUAUUCUAACUUUGCUUCAUGAAGUGGCUCAAGUUCAAGACGUGAAGAUAGAUUGGAAUGCGUUGAUAAAGCAUACCAAAACCGGCAUAACAAACCCUAGGGAAUACCAAAUCUUGUGGCGCCAUUUGGCGUAUUGUGACCCGUUACUUGAGACGUUGGAAAAGGAUACUCAGCCCGUAGAUGACGAUAGUGAUUUAGAAUGCGAACGUGAAGCUUUUCCAACUGUUAGCAAUGAGGCUUCAGCAGAGGCUGCAGCUUGCGUGAAGGUACUCAUGGCUUCUAGUUCACCAAAUGACAUAGAACGAGGCUCGGUCAUCGAGGCACCGUUGACUAUAAAUAUACCGAGAACGAAACAUCCGUUAGAAAAUCCGCAAGUUGCCAACUCAGUGAGUGGGGUCAGUAUUUCAGUUCCGGUUUUUGUUCCAACUCAACUGCUCCCAACAGUUCCUUCUGCUGAAGGAUUGGAUAAUGCAAAUGGUGGUACAAAUAAUAUUAACUUGCCACCUAGGCGGAAGCGAAAACCGUGGUCUGCAGCAGAAGACCGGGAGCUGUUUGCCGCUGUGCAGAAAUACGGCGAAGGGAAUUGGACCCACAUUGUGAAAUCGGAUUUUAAGGGUGACAGAACCGCUUCACAACUGUCUCAGAGGUGGAAUAUCAUCAAGAAACGUCAAAAUCACCCGCUUAUGAAAACCGGCUCACAUCUUUCGGAGGCGCAAUUAGCGGCCCGGCGGGCCCUUAACAUGGCCCUUGAUAAGCCCGGACUCGAUAUCCCAAAGCCAGCUUCUUCCCUUGGCAGGACAUGUCCUGGAAAUACCUCGGUUCAACCAACCGUGGCUGACCCACCGUCCACCACACUUGCACAAAAUUACGAUUCUACCCUGACAGGACCGAAAAGACAAUUUCCAAGACCUCAACCGUUCCCAAACCGACCACUUGCAUCGGGCUCAGACGCGGUAAAAGCAGCUGCAGUUGCUGCUGGUGCUCGAAUUGCUACCCAAUCAGCUGCUGCAGCAAUAUUGAAGCAACAGCUGAAGAGUGCAAUCCAUAUUAAAACAACUAGAUCACCGCCUGCACCGGGGGCUCACAUGGGUCCAGACUAUUUCCGUGCACCCUGUUCUAGAGUCUCGCCAAACACACCAAAAGUGGGACCUGUGGUUCCAUUGAAUCAGUCUGAAGUUAAACCUUGGUGCUCAGCCAACUCACCCGAGCUCGAGCCCAUUCAAGAAGAUCAAGUGGCGGUUUCCAGCAAUCUAGUUGCGAAUUUGGGUUCGAAAGAUCAAUGUCAAGAUACUAAUCCACCAAAUAUGAAUCUUGAACCAGAGGGACGAUGAUAACCUGGUACAUGUUUUUCUUUGGUUUUUAGUCUUGUGGUUUUGAUAGGUACUUUUUCGAGCAAAUAUUAGGAUUUGUUUUUGGUGUCAAUAUUCUGGUUUAUAGAUUAAUGAAGAUGAAGAUUAUGGCU